GGACGAAUUCCCUUACAAGGAUCGUUCGACUCAGCUUAGGGCGGCGCAUUAUAUGAACGUGCCCGCUUGGACACAGCAGUAGACGAAUGGUUCACUACAAACUCACCUACUUCGAUAGUCGUGGAUCAGCAGAAAUCAUUCGCCAGAUCUUUGCGCUUGCUGGGCAGGAUUACGAAGAUGUUCGACUUACACAGGAGGAAUGGCCGAAGCACAAAGCUGAAAUGCCAUUCGGCCAAAUGCCAGUGCUGGAUAUCGAUGGUAAGCAGCUAGCUCAAUCUGCUGCCAUUGCUCGAUUUCUUGCCAGAAAAUUUGGGUUCGCCGGCAAAACCCCGUACGAAGAAGCGGUUGUCGAUUCUAUCGUUGACCAGUUCAAGGACUUCACAGCUGAAAUCCGUCCUUCCCUUAGAGUGGUUAUGGGUUUCGAACAAGGAGAUAAGGAUAAGCUAGCCAAGGAUGUGCUCUUUCCAGCCCGUGACAAGUUCUUUGGUUUCAUGACGAAGUUCCUCAAGCAGAAUAAAUCAGGUUAUCUUGUUGGAGACUCACUGACUUUUGCCGAUCUUUACCUGGCAGAGCACAGUGCAGAGUUUGCAAAGAAGAUGCCAAGUAUCUAUGAUGGAUUCCCAGAAAUCAAAGCUCAUGCAGUAAAAGUUCACUCAAAUCCAGCUCUGAAAAAGUGGCUCGCUACUCGACCAGAAACUCCUUUCUGA